GUGAUUUUGAUGAUUUCAGCUUAGAAGAUGCAAUUGAACCUACAAAGAAGCCUCUUCCAACUCGGAAGCCACCAUCAUCAGAUUUCGAUGAUUUCAACUUAGAACACGCUCUUCAUCCUGAUGACCCCAAGCCAGGUCCACCUCCAAGUCCCAGAGGCACUGAUAAGCCCAAGAAAGGUCCACCUGCACAUCCUGCAAACACUGGCAACAUUGAUGAUUCAGAUCUAUUGGAUGGCAGUUUACCAAAAGGAGGAGGUGAUGGUGGUGGCAGCAAUGGUGAGAUAGGCUCAAGUCCAAAUAAGAGCGAAGAAGGUGAGGCUUCUGAGGGAGCAAUAGCUGGAAUUGUAAGUGCUGUGGUUGCUACUGUUAUUGGAGCAGUAUCUAGUUUCAUUGCUUACCAGAAGAAGAAACUCUGUUUCAAACAAAGCGCAGAUGAAGAGAAUGUGAAUAUGGAAAGCCAUCGGGGAGCGCAAUCUGAGCCACCUGGUAAGAGAAUAAUCUAG